CCUGUUCCGCUCCUCUUCCGGCUCGCAGAUUCCUCACGAACAGCAGGCGGGGACUGGCGCCUCUGGCUCAAAAAAUUCAGCGGCGGCUCUGCCCAGGUCCAGGAAACUCCUGCUCUGCAGCCGCGUGCGUUGGGCCGGGAACCGAGGGCGGAGCUGGGCCGCAGAGGCCGUGGCGAAUCGGUGACCGAUCGGCAUUGGCGGAGCUGGCGAGGCCCGAGAGCGCCCCGGCGACUCAGUGGACCCGACGGGAUGGAUCCCGUGCUCUCCACUGUCCGGCUCACUGUCCGGGAGGCGGUUCACACCCUUUCAUCGUCUGAGGAUGGGGGCUGCAUCUUCUCCACUCUGGGAUCCCUGAAGCGGUAUCUUGGUGAAACGGAGAACCCAGCCCUUCCUGAGGAGCAGGAGGAGUUUGCCAGGAUCCACUUUUCCAUGUUUCUCAGAUGCCUUGUCGGCAAACUGAGCCCAGACUGGCUGGAGCUGCUGCCUGAUGGCCAGUUGGAGGAGCUGUGGGCCAGCUUCUUCCUGGAGGGCCCAGCUGAUCAAGCCUUCCUGGUGCUGAUGGAGGCCAUCGAGGGUGCUGCCAGCCCCAGCUUCCGUCUGAUGAAGAUGGCACGGCUGCUGGCCCGGUUCCUGAGCGCAGGCAGGAUGGCCGCUGUGAUGGAGGGGCAAUGUCGACAGCAGAUGGAGCCGGCCUUCCCGCUGCUCCAGGAGACACUCCUUAGCAAAGUGGUGGGCUUACCUGAUCACCUGGGCAACCGCCUGCAGCGGGAGAACCUGGCUGGAUUCUUCCCUCAAAACUACUUCCCUCUGCUCGGCGAGGAGCUCCUGCGGGCCCUGCAGGUGGUCGUGGAGUCUCUCCGAGGUGGCUUGGACUGCUCCGUCUCCUUCCUGUCUCAGGUCCUGGGAAAAGCCUGUGUCCAUGGGAGACAGAAGGAGCUCCUGGGUGUGCUGGUGCCCCGGCUGACAGCGCUCACCCAGGGCAGCUGCCUCUGGCAGCGGGUCUGCUGGCGCCUGGUGGAGCGCGUGCCCGACCGGGCCAUGGAGGCUGUACUGACAGGGCUGGUGGAAGCUGCCUCGGGGCCUGAAGUCCUGUCGCGGCUUUUGGGGAACCUGGUGAUGAAGAGUAAGAAGGCCCAGUUUGUGAUGACCCGGAAGCUCCUGUUCCUACAGUACCGCUACACGACACCCGUGCUGCAGAGCCUGCUAGGGUACCUGGCCAUGGACAGCCAGCGGCGCCCGCUCCUCAUACAGGCAUUGAAGGAGCUCCUGGAGACGUGGGGCAGCAGCAGUGCCAUCCGCCACGCACCCCUGGCACAGCAGCACUACAUCAGCAAGGCCAUCCUCGUGUGCCUGGCACACCUGGGGGAGGCAGAGCUCCAGGACUGCCGGGACGAGUUGCUGGCCAGCCUGAUGGCGGGAGUGCAGAGUCAUCUGGACAGCAGCCUGCCCGCCGUGCGCCGCCUGGGAAUGAUCGUGGCUGAGGUGGCCAGUGCCCAGAUCCACCCCGAGGGGCCUCCCCUGAGGUUCCAGUAUGAAGAGGAUGAAUUGACCCGUGAGCUCCUGGCCUUGGCCACCCCACAGCCUGCGGCUAACAGCCCCUCGGAGGCAGGCCCGCCUGUUGCUCCAGUCACCGCAGAGACCCCUAACAAGGAGACGGUGAGCAGCGGUGGCCCCCAGGCUCAGUCAGAGGGCUCCGACUCUGAGCUGGACAGCGACGACGAGUUUGUCCCCUACGACAUGUCGGGGGACACAGAGCUGAGGAGCAGCAAGGCACCUGUGUACGUGCGGGACUGCGUGGAAGCUCUGACCACGUCCGAGAACUGGGAACGCUGGGAGGCAACCCUGUGGGCCCUUGAGGGGCUGAUCUUCAGGAGCCCAGCUGCCACUCAGGAGGUGAGUGUGGAGCUGGCCAAGGUGCUACUGCACCUGGAGGAGAAGACGGGUGUGGCAGGAUUCGAGGGGCUGCGCCAGAGGGCCCUGGUGGCAGUCACAGUCACAGACCCGGUGCGGGUGGCAGAGUACCUGACCACACAGUUCUACGCCCUCAACUACAGCCUUCGGCAGCGCAUGGACAUUCUAGAUGUCCUGACUCUGGCUGCCCAGGAGCUGUCCCAGCCCUCGGCGCGCCGGAAGCCUCCCCAGCAGGGCCCCCCAGGUCCCGGCCCCCAGCCCGGCAGCCCCGCCACCCCCGCCUGGCGAGCAGUGGUGGAGGAGCGCAUCAGGAGCAAGACCCGGCGGGUCUCCAAGGGGUCUGCGGGGCAGGGACCGGCCGCUGACCCCAACAAAUUCAACUCAGUUGCUGGCUACUUCUUCUUCCCCCUCAUCCAGCAUUUCGACAGACCUCUAGUGACCUUCGACCUUUUGGGAGAUGACCAGUUGGUUCUUGGGAGACUGGUGCACACCUUAGGGGCCCUGAUGUACCUGUCUGUGAACACCAUGGUGGCUGUGCCCAUGGGCAAGGCCCUGCUGGAGUUCGUGUGGGUCCUUCGUUUCCAUGGUGACGCCUACGUGCGCCAGGGCUUGCUGUCUGCUGUCUCCUCCGUACUUCUCAGCGUCCCAGCCGAGCAACUGCUGGCAGACCUGCCGGACGAGCUGCUGGAAGCCCAGUCUUGGCUGGCAGACGUGGCCCAGAAGGACCCGGACGAGGACUGCAGGACGCUGGCAAUUAAGGCGCUGCUGCUCCUGGAGAAGCUCAGAGACAAGCUCCUCCCACCCCCGCCUCCUUAGUCACAGGAGGGGAGGCCCUCCUAGUGCUGGAGGCUCAGCCACUGUCCCCAGGGCCUCUGGGCUCUGCCCCCCAGCUGGUGGGACUCCAGGAGGGACUCCAGGAGAGCCACUGUGGAGUAGGGAGGAGGAGCUGCAGUUCAGCCUAACGCAUCCGCCUCCAGACUGGUAGAGCUGGGGGCUGCCGGGCCGGGGGCUUCUUGGCGAGCGCCCCCAGCCCCUUUCCUGCCCUCAAGGCAGGUGACUUUAAAACAGCGGAAAAGAGGCGGGAGGGUAUAGCUCAAAUGGUAGCAUGCAUGCCUAGCGUGCACGAGGUCCUGGGUUCAAUCUCCAGUACCUCCACUGAAAAAAAAACUAGUAAUAAAUAAACAGACCUAGCGACCCCCACCACACACACAAAAAACAGCAAAAAAGGGAGAAUAAAGGAAGUGCAGGAGC